AUGAAUUCGUAUUUCGCGAACCCGUCGCUCUCGUGCCAUUUAUCUGGUGGGCAAGAGGUUUUGCCCAACAUGCCACUGAACUCGACCACAUAUGAUUCAGUCAGACAUUUUUCGUCUUAUGGCACUACAGUGACCCAAAACCGGAUUUACGCGUCCCCUUUCUAUUCACCUCAAGAUAACGUUGUGUUUGGAUCAAGUCGAGGACCGUACGAGUAUGGAUCUAACGUGUUUCUUCAAGAUAAGGACGUGCUUCCCAGUUGCAGGCAAACUAGUAUGGGACUUAAUGCGCAGAGCCACGUUGCCCAGGAGUACAACCUGGAACAAGCUCGUGCAGGAACACAGGACCAGAAAGCGAACAACAUUCAGAUCUACCCGUGGAUGCAGCGCAUGAACUCGCACAGCGGAGUUGGGUACGGGUCAGACAGAAGAAGAGGUCGCCAGAUUUACUCCAGAUACCAAACCUUGGAACUGGAAAAAGAAUUUCACUUCAAUCGCUAUUUAACCAGACGCAGACGCAUCGAGAUCGCCAAUGCUCUCUGUCUAACCGAGCGUCAAAUUAAAAUCUGGUUCCAGAAUCGGCGCAUGAAAUGGAAGAAAGAGACCAAUCUAACUUCCACUGUACCGGGGACCGAAUCUGCUGGUACUCCUCAAGAGACCGAGAAGGAGACCGAGGAGGAACCCAAAAAAAAAGAUUAG